AUGACUGCCCCGGAGAGAGAGUCUCAGGGGCUCAUCCGGCGAGAGGCUGCCCUCAACGCUCGUGAUGCUAUUACCCAUCAGUACGCGACUUCAACCAAGAAGGAAACAAAAACACCCUCGACGAAGAAAUUCCCCGACCCCAUCUCCCGAUACAUGACCGCUCAAUUCAAUAAACGCUCUACCAUUCUCCUCUCCUCAGACGACGAAGACCAACCCUCACGUAAACGCAUGGCUCCAAGCCUUUCCGCCAACAAUAUCCCUCAACACACCUCCCGAGUUGAGACCGUCAGCCAAGCCGAUUUCAACGCCCUCCGCAGUCUCGUAACCAGACUCCUGCAUGAGUCCCGCGCAGACCGAGCUACCAAUCAAGAAUUGGAAAGUGAGAUCGCUUCGCUCAAGGAGGUAGUCGCUGCAAUGGCAACACUUCUCGAGGCUUACGAAAGUGUCAUCGAUAAGACUCAGAUCAAGGCCCUUGAGGCUCAACUCUUGUCGGAGCGUACGGAGGCCCGUUUGACUCGGUUGGAGGUUCCGCAUCGGGAAGAUGUUUGCAUGGAAUGUGCUAUUCGGUCUUGUGAGGAUGAGGAAGUGGUGCUGACUGAUAAUCUGAUGGGUCCACGCACCAAUACCCCCGGUCCCCAUAACAAAAACCAUAAGCGUUUCGACUCUACCGGCUUCGAAGCACCAUCCUCAACCCAGCCUGAUGUGGAACUUCAAAACCCUUCGUUCACACCCGACGCAAGCACAGGAAUGCCCCGUCCAGUAAACUACGAGACCGCGGAUGAACGCCCAAGCCCCAAACGCCUUCGCACAUCCUCGUUCGACACCCCGUCUGGCAGCUCCGUAUUGAGUCAAAGCAACCAGUCGUCCCCCAGGAAGUCAUCCCCGGUCAAGCCUACCCCAAUCAAACAGGAGAAACCUCAGCCUCAGUCUCCGUCUUCAGUUCGAAACAAGCCUGCCAGAUUCAUCAAACUGACCCCAACGCAAGCCACGUCCCCGUCGCAAGUCGAAGUAACACCCCGCGCAGAAGUCGAAACCGUGAAACUCCGCGCCGAGCUCUCCCAGCUUCGCCUCGACUUUGGCAUUGAGAAGCAGAGGAAUGAAGCUCUUCGCUCGCAAUUUGAGGUUGAAAGAUGCCUGAACGAGUUCCUGCGUGGUCAGACCAUCGCCGAGCAGAAUGUGAACAAGUCUCUCCAAGAAAAGGUUACAGCCCUGGAGCAGCGACUGGACCGCCAUGAACCUACUUUUGUUACGCUUCAGCAUCUGAAGCAGGUUCUGUUGACUUGGUUGAGAGAUUAUCUGGUUCAGGCUAGGACUGAGGCCGGGGGUAGUUCUCAGCAAGUGGUUAAUCCUCAGCUGUGA